UCCGGGCGCCCAGCCGCCCACCAUGAGGAAGAUCCGCGCCAAUGCCAUCGCCAUUCUGACCGUAGCCUGGAUCCUGGGCACUUUCUACUACUUAUGGCAGGACAACCGAGCCCACGCAGCAUCCUCCGGCGGCCGGGGCGCGCAGAGGGCCGGCGGGAGGCCGGAACAGCUCCGGGAGGACCGCACCAUCCCGCUUAUUGUGACAGGAACACCCUCGAAAGGCUUUGAUGAGAAGGCGUACCUGGCAGCCAAGCAGCUGAAGCCUGGAGAGGACCCCUACAGACAGCAUGCCUUCAACCAGCUGGAGAGCGACAAGCUGAGCCCUGACCGGCCCAUCCGGGACACCCGCCAUUACAGUUGCCCCUCCGUGUCCUAUUCCUCGGACUUGCCGGCCACCAGCGUCAUCAUCACCUUCCACAACGAAGCCCGCUCCACCCUCCUGCGCACGGUGAAAAGCGUCCUGAACAGAACUCCUGCCAGCCUGAUCCAGGAGAUCAUUCUAGUGGAUGACUUCAGUUCAGAUCCUGAAGACUGCCUUCUCCUGACCAGGAUCCCCAAGGUCAAAUGCCUGCGCAAUGACCGGCGGGAAGGGCUGAUCCGGUCCCGAGUUCGCGGGGCAGAUGUGGCCAUAGCUGCUGUCCUCACCUUUCUGGACAGCCACUGCGAAGUGAACACCGAGUGGCUGCAGCCCAUGCUGCAGCGGGUGAAGGAGGAUCACACCCGUGUGGUGAGCCCCAUCAUUGAUGUCAUCAGUCUGGAUAAUUUCGCCUACCUUGCUGCAUCUGCUGACCUUCGGGGAGGAUUUGACUGGAGCCUGCAUUUCAAGUGGGAGCAGAUCCCUCUGGAGCAGAAGAUUGCCCGGACAGACCCCACCAAGCCCAUAAGGACACCUGUCAUAGCUGGAGGAAUCUUCGUGAUUGACAAGUCUUGGUUUAACCACUUGGGAAAGUAUGACGCCCAGAUGGACAUCUGGGGAGGAGAGAAUUUUGAGCUCUCCUUCCGGGUGUGGAUGUGCGGUGGGAGCUUGGAGAUCGUGCCCUGCAGCCGGGUGGGCCACGUCUUCAGGAAACGGCACCCCUACAACUUUCCUGAGGGCAACGCCCUCACCUACAUCAGGAAUACCAAGCGCACUGCAGAGGUAUGGAUGGAUGAAUACAAGCAGUAUUACUACGAGGCCCGGCCCUCGGCCAUUGGGAAGGCCUUCGGCAGCGUGGCCACGCGGAUUGAGCAAAGGAAGAAGAUGAACUGCAAGUCCUUCCGCUGGUACCUGGAUAACGUCUACCCAGAGCUCACAAAUGUCACCUCGGGGAACGGGUUUUUCCGCUGCUGUCUCCCAAGGAUGCCAUCAUGGCUUUCCAGAACACUCCAUCUCUCAGAGCCUGCAGAUCCUUCAAGCAGGCAAAUCUUUGUUCUUCAAGGGCAGAUUUGAUUUUUUGAAAACAGCCGUAGUUAAGUUGUAGCCAAGUCCAGUGAAUAAGCUGGUUGAUUAACCCAGAUAAUACAAUCCUGGGUCCCAAGUACAGGGUGGCAAGACUGAAACAAGUAACAAGGAUAAACGGACUCUGCAAGCAAUGUUCGAGGAAUUCCAGAAGAGUCUGAGCGGCGGCAGCAUCCUUGGAAGAAGUUGGCAACCUGGAGGACCCCAGCUCCCCAGAUGAUGGCUGUGCAUGGAAGAACAUUAAUUUACAAACUUGUAAUAAAUGAACAGCUUCCUCAAGUGGCCACUUUUAAGGGGACAGUUUCAUUCAGACAUGUCAUUUCUGAGGGUAAAAAGCAUAGUCUUUCUUUAUGUUCUGUCAGAGUUCAUGCUAUCUGGUUGGAGUCAUGGACUCCAGGCCUCAGACAGGAGCUGGGGAGCUGGGGGAAGAGUUGGGAGGAUCGGGGAUGUGCCUCUCCCCCCCACACCCCAGUCCCCACGCAGUGUCCCAUGUCAUCCCCUGAGGACCAAGAGGAAGAAGUAGUUUAAAACUACCAGAAGUCUGGAUCUAUCACAAAGGCAGGAGAGUGGAUGAAACCAGCCGUGUGAUAUGAGGAGCAUAAGUCACCUUCCGUUUGUUUUGUCACUGUGUGGACGUUUAAAAAUGAUUUUUUGUUGUUAAAGUAGAAAUUGCAGCUCAUUCCUAUCCAGUUUACUCAUCCUUGGUCUGUUCCUUCAUGUUCUGCCUCAGUUCUCAGGGCGAGGGGCCCGGAGUGGAUCAGGUUAUUAAUUAGAAAGGAGAUCUGGGCUUCCCUGGUGGCGCAGUGGUUGAGAAUCUGCCUGCCAAUGCAGGGGACACGGGUUCGAGCGCUGGUCUGGGAAGAUCCCACAUGCCACGGAGCAACUAGGCCUGUGAGCCACAACUACUGAGCGUACGUGUCUGGAGCCUGUGCUCCGCAACAAGAGAGGCCGCGAUAGUGAGAGGCCCGCGCACCGCGAUGAAGAGUGGCCCCUGCUUGCCGCAACUAGAGAAAGCCCUCGCACAGAAACAAAGACCCAACACAACCAAAAAUAAAUAAAUUAAUUAAUUAAUUUUAAAAAAAAAAGAAAGGAGAUCUGUAGGCCCAAAUGAUACCAUGUUCCUCCAAAUAGGAUCCUUAUAGUUGGGCCACACUUGCAGAUGGUCAGCGGAGAAACUUAGGAGGCUGAACGGAGAGGCCUUUGCUUUCCUAGGCCUGCCUGCAGUACUGCUACAGUGCUCCCGCUUUUCCAGAUCAGAGUUCUGUGGCUAGCCUCAGCAACUGCUAAUGUAUUACCUUUAUUAGGAUGUUCAGGAACAGUUGUGCAGGCUGUGCAUUGCACAAGCACACCAUAUUUGAAGGGUGCUGGUCACACAGUAUUGUACAUUUAUUACUACAAUUCCUGGCAAAUGACAGUAGAAGUCUUCUAACAAAAGACUUUUUUGUCUUUAUUUUUCAUAAUGUAGAAAAUCAUCUAUAUUAUGAUGAUUUUCUAACAGAUGGAAGUAAAGUGUCUCAAGAAAGGGAUGCCUAUUGCUGUUUCUACAAAGGCAUCAUAAGGGCUAAUGGCAGCCCAGCUUCGAGGUGGUCCACAGAGAGGAAAGCAGAUGCAGAUUUAAGAGGGCUACCAACAAAUAGGACAGCUUAACCUGGCUCUGCCAGAGAGCAGAGGAAGGGUGGUGAUGGCCAUCCCAGCUGCUGCAGGGCUGCUACCACUCAGACACCUCAGGAGCUGCAUCUGGUCUUGAGAUUGCUGCCCAAGCCCCGGGUUUCCUCCAUAAGCAUCAGUGGGCAGGCCUUUGUUGUCAGUGACAUUGCCACACUUGGACAGUAUCCGCCUCACCUCUGAAAACUGAUCAUCUUGCACAUCUUCCUAAGCAACAGCGGGUAGGGAGGGGAAGAGAAGAGGAGGGUCUGGAACAACCUUGGCUUCUCAAAGAGGCUCCCGCAGGACCUUGUCUCUGUAUAGAGGGGAAGUAUAACACGUUGCCCCUGGAUGAAGCAGAGGGGGUGGAGCUUUUGCCUCCCAACAGCCUUGCACCUAGCAGGUUGCAAACUUAGAUCCUACAGUGAUCAGACAGGCAAUGUCAAUAAGUCUAGUGGGUGGGGAUGACAAUAAGGAGUGGAGGGGACUGUGGCAAACUGAAAUGCACAAGCUCCACCCAUAAAGGGGCAGCUGCUGCUCAUGACAGUGUGUUAGUGCCGUGCUGGAAUGCAAGUUCGGUGUGGCCUGACCUUCCUAUGUUUUCCAAAGAAGCUGGAUUUUUGGUGUGAUGAAUUGGGAGAUUGAGAUUGACAUAUAUACACUAAUACGUAUAAAAUGGAUAACUAAUAAGAACCUGCUGUAUAAAAAAAUAAAUAAAAUUCAAAACAAAAAAUUCUAAAGUUAAAAAAAAAAAAAGCUGGAUUUUUCUGUGUAAACUUGAAAUCUUAAAAUACUGCCAACUAAUUAAAAGCACCAAUAAUCACACUGUGCAGGUCAGAAAAAACCUGUCCAGGGCCAGAUUCAGCUUAGGGGCCAACAGUUUGCAGCCUCUGUUCUAGAACUGCACGACCUCUUACAAGGGGGUGUGGGGUUCUGAAGGGGCACUGCUACCAGUAGUGUGGAGGGAAAGUGAAGGGCUCUCCUUGAGGCUCUGUGAGAGCGGGUAGGUUCUGGGAAUCCGGGGGCUUCCAACCAGCCCUGAGGAAGGAAGACCUGGUUUGGUCGAGGUCCUGCAGGGUGUCCACAUGAGACAAGAGAGUGCUGGAAAUGUUCUGAUCCAUGCCCCCCACCCAGGUUCUCUUCCUGACAGAGGUAACAGAGGCAGAUAGGAUUAGCAUGUGGUCAGACUCUAAGCCUUCCUGGUUCCCCGUCACGCCCUGUGGGUCCGUAAGCCAAGUGCGUGUAUAACCUUCUAAACCCAGGAAUAUGAGCCCACGUCAGCUGGGGCCAGCAUCCCCCUUAGGUUUAUUACCCACAGGGUAAGACAGUGUGUUUUAUAUCUGUGUGUGUGUUUAAGCAUAUUUUUCCUGUGCAUAUAAAAUGUUCUAAUAAUACACUAUUUUGAAACAUGCCUGUUUUACUUAACUGUAUGUUUUGAACACUUACCCACAUUACCAGAGUCAGUUUUAAUGGCUAAAGGUUUUUUCCAUCCUACAGAUGAAUCAGAAUUUACUUAGCCCAUCCCCUAUUGUUGGAUAUCUAGGAAUUUCCAAUGUUUUCAGUAUAAGCAGUCACUCUGAAUGAAAAUCUUUUAAACUAAAUCUCUGCACACAUCUUUAAUUAUUGCCCUAGGAUACUAAGUUCCUGGAAGUGGGACAAAGGUGUGCACAUUUUUAAGGCCUUUGAUGCAUAAUACCACACUGCCCUCCAGAAAAGGUGGGCCACUUUAUGCUCUCACCCAAUCCCACAGCUAUUGCCAACACUA